GACGAAGAAUCAGAAAGUGAAAGAAAGGAAGGUUCUGGUGACGACUUGACAUAUUGUACUUCUUGGACUGGAUUAGUUGAGGACACAUACCUCGUGGAUAUUGAAAAAGAAAUCUGAAAAGAAAAGGAUAAUCAACCAGCAGAGCCGCAUCCACUUCCGGUCCUCCACCAAAAACAAAAGCAUCACUGCACGUGACCUCAAGUCCACCUUCAACACACUACCAAUUCUCCCCAGGACCUCAAACCAAGCACCCAAGAUGCUAAUAGCCCGCCGCUUCUCCGUCACGAACUUCGUGAUCGCCUCCUCGGCCCUCGCAUUCCAGGUCUUUGUACUGUACCCUUGGCAUCAGAGACUAGAUGAGGAUCUCGAGAGUUUGAAGAAGGAGCAUGUGAGAGUGCUGCAGGAGUUGAGAAAUGAGGUUAAGGUUGGGAGGGAGACGACUUUGGGGGAGAUUAGGGAGUUGAUUAAGGGUCGGGCCUUGAAAAAAUGAGUCGCUGGGAUUUGAGGUGGACUGGAAAGAAUGAGGAAGAAGGAUGGAUUGUGGAGAAGGGGAUAGGAAGGAGCACUUGCUUGUUAUUUGGGAGAUGGGCAGAAAGAUAUAUAAAUGUGGGGACAGAUUGCAAGGCAUCUGCAUAACUGGCGUUCUUAGACCUGUGCUGCUGCAUACAAUCAAGAGCUAAACAUAGAUCUGCAAAGAAAUUGUCAACAUUACCUCCAUGCUUUCCCCCG